GCGUCGUACCGUCGUACCCAACAUAUGACGGGCGAUUCUCGAAGCGAACGUGUUGUGAACUAGUAACGCUUACUAUCGUCGCCAUAUUCCCUUUCACUAUCAUAACAAAGUUAUCGUGAUCUAACAGGCGCAACGAUGAACAAGCUGAGCUUCAAGGUGUAUCUGAUAAAUGAAGAGCUGAACAAGCGCACGGAAAUUCGUAGAUUUUGCCUGGAUCUCAAUGUUGCGAGGAACUUCGUGACUCUGCACGAAAAACUGCAGAGCAUUUUCCCGGAGCUGCAUGAGAAAAAUUUCAUCGUCACUUGGAAGGAUGAAGAGGACACCAUUGUGAUAUCGACCAGUGAAGAGUUAGAGAUUGCGUUAGAUGAAAUGGGCAAACAUGAGUCAGUCAAUAAGCUGUAUGUCAUUCUGCAAAGCGAGAAAGGAGAUAUGCCAAACCUGAGAACCGAUAAAUUACAUCCUGGUGUAACUUGCGAUGUGUGCGAAAACAAUAUACGCGGCUUUCGUUUCAAGUGCAUGCAAUGCCCAGACUAUGAUCUAUGUACCAGCUGUAUGACAAUGGGUUAUCAUUCUGAACACUUCAUGGUACGUAUGACAGAACCGGUCGAGUGGUCGAGCUAUCAUGGCCGUCGACUGGCACAUCAUAUGCGCAAGUUCAUGAAGAAGGCAAGCAGCACAAUGCAGCAUGACAGGGAUAAGGACGACGAGACGCGGAGGUGCCCGUACAAGACUACCAAUAGCAAAAAGAGUGGUUGUUCAGGAUUGAACAUGACAGGCGAAGAACCGUGUCGCGAGCAGAAGCGGUCUAAGGAGCAAAAAAGGGAUCCGUCAACUGAAGCCGCUACAGAGGCGACCGAAGACCCGCAGCAGACCAACAGUUUCAUGCAGCUGCUGAAGUUGUUCGAGCAGAAUGUUUCCCAAUUUUCGCAGUUUUUGGAUCCGCUCGGCAUCAAUAUCGUCGUGACAUCCGACAACGAUAAUUCUGCCAGCAAGUCUACCGCUAGCAAACCCGCCACCAAUAGCACCAAAGCUACCGAGACUAGCACACCUUCACAAUCCGAUAUCUCUGCAAAGUUCCCCGGCGAGGGAAAGAAAUUGCGUGACGAUAUCCCAACGGCGUCUGCAAAAACGGCAGCGCAGACAUCUGCGAUGGCGACUGCGACAACAGCUGCGAGUACGGCAACAAUGGAGAAAGAGUAUUGUGCAACGACCAAUAUAUCAUCAUCGUCGUCGUCGUCAACAUCGUCACCUCAGGUCACUCAGAAAGUUGGCUUCCGUGAACAGGUUGACGAGCCCGAGUGGACGGUGGUGGGACGUGAAACUCCCGACAUCAGCCGCGCAUCAUCCACUUCUUCUUGCGCCAAUGGAGCUAUACCUAAGCAGCCUACACCGUCCGCUCCUGUACCAAAGCCAGAGACAGAACAGGUGCAUAUAUAUCCAUCAUUACCAAACCAAGAAUUCUUCCACCCGGAUCCGAAGAUCCAACGUGCAGUGGAAGCCAUGAUGUCAAUGGGAUUUACUAACCAAGGCGGAUGGCUCACUCAUCUAUUGGUUUCCAAGGAUGGUGAUAUCAGCAAAGCGUUGGAUGUGUUGCAACCGGUACGUCGUUAGUAAGAAGAGCGACCUGUGAAUUUUGGUUGAGAGUAGUUUAUGCAUGGUAAAGAACAACAUAAAAUAUAAUCCAUGUAGUCGAUGUUCUUGGUAGUGGGUAAUAUUCGAUUACUAUCAAAAAAAGACUUUUGGUCUCUUGCCGCAGAUAUAUAAUUUAUCUUAAUUUAUCUUUCUGGUUUCAUAGUUCUUUCAUGUUAAUUUGACAAUUAAUGUGAUCGGAAUAAAGUAUUUGAGCUAUUUGACAAAUUUGUUCUGUCAAUUACAAAUUUUAUUUUAUGAACGUAUUUUUUCAUGUAUUUUAACGUAUUUAAUAAAACCUGUGAGAAUAUAUUUUCUUUCUUCUGAUAUUAUAAAUCAAGAUAGAGAGUUGCGGCAAGUAUAGAAGUCUGAAUUUUAUCAAUAAGACACUUCUUUAUAUCGCUGAACUUAGUUUACAUGUGCACUGAAAUUUAGUUUGUAAGAAUUUUUUCUUUCAUGAUAUAUGUAUUUUUAGAAUUAUAAAACAAGAAAACGAUACAUAUGAAUAUAUGUUCUUAUUAUUAAAUUAGAAAUUCUUGGUGAGAAAACUACAUUGUAUUACUAAUGUGUAUUAAUGUACUUUGAACAUUUUAUGUUGAUAAAAUUUUAUGUUAAUAAAGAAAUUAUGAUAUAAAAGA